GAUCGCGCACUUGCAGACACACUCAUACUCAUACACAUACACGGGCAGUGGGAGACCCAUUUUUCAUUGUUGAGAGUAAGAGAAAUCAAUCAUGGCGGCAUUACCAUUAUCGACUCCUUCAACCUGUUCUUGCUGCUACUGUUGCUAUUCCUCUUCCGCUUCCAUUUCUCGACUUGUUGAAUUCAAUAAUUUCAGAUUCGGAAAUGGCUACAAUAAUUCCAGGAAGUUGUUGUUUUCUUCCAUGAAAAAACCCUUAAUUGCUAGAAAAUGUCUUAUGGUUCGGAAUGUUUUCAGUGAAUCUAAGCCUCAAUUGGAGGAGUCUGUCGUCGACCAAGUCCUCCUUCCAGGUCCUCCAAGCAUUUUGAACCCAUCAAGUAUAGAUUCCUCUUCAAUAGCUUCAAGUAUCACAUACCAUGCAGAAUUCACCCCAUUGUUCUCUCCACAUGAGUUUUCUCUUCCUAAAGCUUUUUACGCUGCUGCACAAAGUGUUAGGGAUUCACUUAUUAUCAACUGGAAUGCUACUUAUGACCAUUAUGAGAAGAUGAACGUGAAACAAGCUUACUAUUUGUCAAUGGAAUUUCUUCAGGGGAGAGCAUUGUUGAAUGCAAUUGGGAAUUUAGAACUUACUGAUGCUUAUGGAGACGCUUUGAAAAAGCUCGGACACAAUCUUGAAGCUGUUGCUUGUCAGGAAAGAGAUGCUGCACUUGGAAAUGGCGGUCUUGGGAGGCUUGCUUCUUGCUUUCUUGACUCUUUAGCUACAUUAAAUUAUCCUGCAUGGGGUUAUGGACUAAGAUACAAGUAUGGAUUAUUUAAACAAAUGAUAACCAAGGAUGGUCAAGAGGAAGUUGCUGAGAAUUGGCUUGAGAUUGCUAAUCCAUGGGAAAUUGUGAGAAAUGAUGUUUCCUAUCCGAUCAAGUUUUAUGGAAAGGUUGUUAUUGGCUCGGAUGGUAGAAGUCAUUGGAUUGGGGGAGAGGAUAUUAAGGCUGUUGCUUAUGAUGUUCCGAUUCCUGGGUAUCAAACCAAAACCACCAUCAGUCUUCGACUGUGGUCUACCACAGUACCUUCAGAAGAAUUUGACCUAUCUGCUUUUAAUGCUGGGGAACACACCAAAGCAAAUGAAGCUCUUGCAAACGCAGAAAUGAUCUGUAGCAUACUAUACCCUGGCGAUGAGUCAAGGCAAGGAAAGGUUCUUCGUCUAAAGCAACAAUACACCCUAUGUUCGGCUUCUUUGCAAGACAUCAUUUCACAGUUUGAAAGGAGAUCAGGGGAAAAUGUAAAAUGGGAAGAAUUUCCAGAAAAAGUAGCAGUGCAGAUGAAUGACACUCAUCCGACAUUGUGUAUACCAGAAUUAAUGAGGAUACUAAUUGAUGUCAAAGAACUUGACUGGAAAGAAGCUUGGAAUAUUACUCAAAGAACUGUGGCAUAUACAAAUCAUACUGUUCUGCCGGAGGCUUUAGAGAAGUGGAGUUUUGAACUUAUGCAAACCUUGCUUCCUCGACAUGUUGAGAUCAUUGAGAAAAUAGAUGAGGAGCUAGUUAAUACCAUAAUUUCUGAAUAUGGUAGUGAUAAUCCUGAAUUACUGAUGGAAAAAUUAAAUGAAAUGAGGAUACUGGAGAACUUUGAUCUUCCAAGUUCAGUGGCAAGUUUGAUUAAAGAAAAGAUAACAUGCCAAGAGGAAGAGGAUGAAGGAAUUGAAAUUACCGAGGUACAGGAUGAACUGGAUGCUGUAGAGGAAUGUGAAGAAGAUGUUGAGGAGAAGGAAGUGGUAAAGCUAGUUCCAAAACCCUCAAAAAUGGUGAGGAUGGCUAACUUGUGUAUAGUAGGGGGUCACGCUGUGAAUGGGGUUGCGGAAAUUCACAGCCAAAUAGUCAAGGAACAAGUUUUCCGUGAUUUCUAUGAGUUGUGGCCAGAGAAGUUUCAGAAUAAAACAAAUGGAGUAACACCUAGAAGAUGGAUCCGGUUCUGCAAUCCGGAUUUAAGCAGAAUUUUAACAAAAUGGAUUGGGUCAGAAGACUGGGUUCUGAACACUGAGAGACUUGCUGACCUACGCAAGUUCGCAGAUAACAUAGAUCUUCAUUCUGAAUGGAUGGAAGCAAAAAGGAUCAACAAACAAAAGGUUGUUUCUCUUCUUAAAGAAAGAACAGGUUACACAGUGAGCCCAGAUGCAAUGUUUGAUAUACAGAUCAAGCGUAUUCAUGAAUACAAGCGACAGCUCCUGAAUAUAUUGGGAAUUGUAUACCGCUACAAGAAAAUGAAAGAAAUGAGUGCAGUGGAAAGAGAAGCCAAAUAUGUUCCAAGAGUUUGUAUAUUUGGAGGAAAGGCUUUUGCCACAUAUGUGCAGGCUAAAAGAAUAGUGAAAUUUAUCACUGAUGUAGGUGCUACAAUCAACAAUGAUCCUGAAAUUGGUGAUCUGUUGAAGGUUGUGUUUGUCCCUGAUUACAAUGUUAGUGUUGCAGAAUUACUGAUCCCUGCCAGUGAGCUUUCGCAGCAUAUAAGCACUGCUGGGAUGGAGGCUAGUGGAACUAGCAAUAUGAAGUUUGCAAUGAAUGGCUGCAUCUUAAUUGGGACUCUGGAUGGUGCGAAUGUUGAGAUAAGAGAGGAAGUUGGAGAAGACAACUUCUUUCUGUUUGGUGCUCGAGCACAUGAGAUUGCUGAGUUGAGGAAGGAACGAGCCGAGGGCAAGUUUGUGCCGGACCCACGUUUUGAAGAAGUGAAGGAGUAUGUUCGAAGUGGUAUCUUUGGUUCACAGAAUUACGAUGAACUGCUUUGGUCUUUGGAAGGAGAUGAAGGAUUUGGCCGUGGCGAUUACUUCCUUGUCGGCAAAGACUUCCCUAGUUAUAUAGAAUGCCAAGAAAAGGUCGACGAGGCAUAUAGAGAUCAAAGGAGAUGGACAACAAUGUCGAUCCUGAAUACAGCUGGUUCAUUCAAGUUCAGCAGUGACCGAACCAUCCAUGAAUAUGCUAAGGAUAUUUGGAAUAUUCAGCCAGUUAAACUGCCAUGAACUCAUCUCACUCGAAUUGCUCCCACGCCCCGGUUUUAUACUUUUACAUGAAUGUCUCGCUGAAUAAAGUUUCGUUGGGCUCCUUGUAUUAAGCUGCAUGUGUAAUGUGUUGUCAUUGCAUAUGCUAAAAUAGUAUGUAUUCUCUCAUGAUGGAUGGAACAAUAAUCGAAACCAAUGUACUAUAUGCAAUAUUUUGUCCUGUUCCUCAAUUUCAACUUCAAUAGGUUAAAAUUUCUUCAUA